UCUUGUGAGGCUGAUUCCAACCAUCGAUAUCGAAGACUUCGGUUAAUAUAUGCUAACAGCCUUGCAAGCACACCUGAAGCCAAUAUCUGGUCGCCCGCAGCAGUGCAUACCCUGACAACAUCAUGGCAAACCGAGGUCCUACUUUGGACCCAAAUGUCUUCUCGAUUAGCGACCUUGAGGCGCUUGGGUCAAAGAAGAUCCCCAAAAUGUAUCGUGAAUAUUACAAUGAAGGCGCAAUGGACCUGAUAUCACUACGUGACAAUGUCGCAGCCUUUGAUCGCUACAAGAUUCUGCCACGUGCUCUGCGCAAUGUCAAAGACAUCGAUACCUCGACCACCCUCUUCGGCCAGAAGGUUACAUUCCCCUUAGCAUUCAGCCCUUCUGCGAUGCACAAAUUUGCCCACCCAGACGGAGAAACAGCGAAGUCGAGAGCAGCAUCGAGUAUGAACGUCGGCAUGUGUCUGUCGUCGUAUGCGACAACAUCGCUUGAGGAUGUCAAAGCUCAGGGUAGAGGAAACCCUUACAUGAUGCAAAUGUGCGUUGUCAACGACCGGAAUUUAACCAAGCAGCUUCUUGACAGAGCCGAAGGUGCCGGAUAUAAAGCACUAUUUCUCUCCGUCGAUGUACCAGUCCUGGGUCGUCGUCUCAAUGAAUUCCGGAAUGAGUUCGCCCUUCCAGAAGGCCUUGACUUCCCAAACAUUCUAUCAGGCGGCCUGAAAGAAUUUGCAGAGGGUGAAAACUCGCAUGACUAUGAUGCAAGUUUAGAAUGGGCAGAGAUUAUACCUUGGUUGAGAAGAAACACGAACAUGCAGAUCUGGCUGAAAGGAAUCCUGAAUCCAGCAGACGUACUGCUUGCUAUCGAGCAUGGCGUCGACGGCGUCGUGAUAUCCAACCACGGAGGACGACAACUCGACGGCGUUCCUGCCACUCUCGACUGCCUCGCAGAAUGCGCCCAGGUUGCCAGAGGCCGGAUACAGAUAGUGGUGGACGGAGGAAUUCGGCGAGGUUCGGACAUCUUCAAGGCUCUUGCGCUGGGAGCACAGCACUGCUUCGUCGGACGUAUAGCGAUUUGGGGACUUGCGUACAAGGGGCAGGAAGGGGUGGAGCUUGCGUUGAAGAUCCUGCUGGAGGAGUUCAGGACAACAAUGGCACUCGCAGGCUGUCGUACUGUGAGCGAGAUUACACCGGAGCACCUUACAUUCCUUGGGACUCAUGGACGGUUAUGUAAACUGUGAACAAGUUUGAAUACUCAACAAUCCAUGCAUCGCGUCUGCUCCUGUUCAUCCGCCUGGGCCGCAACUAACAGGCUUGACAUUGGACAUGAAACGGAAAUAAGAUGGUCUGCCGCCACUGUCCUUGCGCUUCUUUUGAGGUUUCCAUAUCACUAGAUUGAUGAUUGAUGCAUGAAUUCCCAACACAUGUAACGAGCUCUACUCAGUGAAAAGAGCAAAAACGUUGCCAUGAACCCUGUCGAUAGGGGUCAUGGUAAGUGAAAGCCGGGUUCGCAGACUUUUUCCGAUUCGGUUCGUUUCGUUCGGUGGGAGUCGAGGUCUUCACGCCUUCU